CAUCCCCUCCAAACGCACACCUUCUGUGCCUCCCCCACCCUCAUCUCCGCCACUGCCCUCCUCGACGACCCCGCCAACACCUACUUCGCCCUCCUCUCCCAGCACUGCGUCCCUCUCCACUCCUUCUCCUACAUCUACUACUCCCUCCUCGUCUCCCCCACCUUCGACUCCUCCGAUCCUGAAUCCUCCCGAAUCGGCAUCUGCCUCAAGUACAAGUUUGAUAACCGAAACGGUCGGCUUGAGUUUUCUAGGAACAAUUUGGGGGCUCUGUGGCCGGGAGAUGGGAAGACGGGUCUGUGGCUGAAUUCAAUUUCAAGGAUGGGAGCAGUGUACAACUUGAUUGCAAGGGAAGAAGAGAUUUUGAUUGAAGAGAAGAGAAGGAAGGUUGGUGGGGUGGUGGUGGAUGUGGAGAGAAAUGAAGAUAUUGAGUUGGUGUUGCCGCCAGUGUUUGAUGACUGCACAAAGGUUUUGGAGGCGGAAGAUCAAAUAGUUGCAAGAGAUUGGUACUGGGCAGCUGUGUGUGAGAAGGGGCUGGGGAAGGUUGAAGAUUUGCUUGUGGGGUGUAUAAGCAAAAACCCUUUCGUUGGAGAGCCAUCUGUGGUGGUGAGCCAGGUUUGUUUGACAGAGGGAAGGUUUAGGAGAGUGAGAAACAUGCAGUGGUCAAACAAAAUUAACGAAAUCCAAAAUUAGAGAUUAUUUAUAGCAGUUUCAAAAUUAUAAGGAUUAAAAUGAAUAAAAUUUUUGAAUAAGAACUAAAUUAAAAAUCACGUAAGGAUUAAAGUAUUAAAAACAUUUAAUCCUUAAUAAAUAAUUUGGUAUAAACUAUUAUUAUUCAAUUUUUAUG